CAGCGCGGCCAAUGGGGGCGGCCGGGGGGCAGGCGCACGGCUGAGGCGCGGCGGCGAUGGCGGCCAUGGCGGGCGGCGGACAGCGGCGGUGCCGGCGGCUGGAGGCCGAGGCGGCCCGUGCCGUGCUGGGCGCCGCCGACACGCUGCUGUUCGACUGCGACGGCGUGCUGUGGCGGGGCGAGGCGGCGGUGGGCGGCGCGGCGGCGGCGCUGGGCCGGUUGGCGGCGGCGGGCAAGCGGCUGUGCUACGUGACCAACAACAGUAGCCGAACGCGCGUGGCCUACACCGAGAAGCUGCGGCGCUUGGGCUUCCCGCCCGCCGAGCCCCGGCACGUCUUCGGCUCGGCCUACUGCGCCGCCCGCUACCUCCGGCAGGCGCUGCCGCCCGGCGCUGCCGCCUACGUGCUGGGCAGCCCCGCGCUGGCAGCCGAGCUGGAGGCUGUGGGCGUCCCGCACCUGGGUCCCGGCCCCGCCGCCCUGCCCGGGCCCGCGCCCGCCGACUGGGCGCAGGCGCCGCUGGACCCCGCGGUGCGCGCCGUGCUGGUCGGGUUCGACGAGCACUUCAGCUACGCCAAGCUGUGCCAGGCCCUGCGCUACCUUCUGCGCGACGGCCCCGGCUGCCUCCUCGUCGGCACCAACCGCGACCACCGCCUCCCGCUGGAGGGCGGCGCCGCCAUCCCCGGGACUGGCUGCCUGGUGAAAGCCGUGGAGACAGCAGCCCAGCGCGAGGCGUUCAUCGUGGGAAAGCCCAACCGGUACAUGUUUGAUUGCGUGGCGAGCGAGUUCGACAUCGACCCUGCUCGCACCAUCAUGGUGGGUGACCGGCUGGACACAGACAUCCUGAUGGGCAACUCCUGCGGCCUCACCACGCUGCUCACGCUGACCGGCGUCACCACCCUGGACGAGGUGAAAGGCCACCAGGAGAGCGACUGUCCCGCCAGGCAGAGCCUGGUGCCCGAUUACUACGUUGACAGCAUCGCCGACCUCCUCCCCGCCCUGGGGGAUUAAUAGAGCCCAGCGCUCACAGGCUCUGCAGUGGUACCCCCAGGAGGGCCCCUCUUAGUCACCUUGUGACAGUAAUGUACUUGCUAGGAUCCCCCGGCGUUAGCAACCCUUCGCUUUUUAACCUUUCUGUUCUCUCGAUAUGAUUUUGUUUACACCUCAGUCUUUAAAUGCACUUUGAAACAAAGAGGGCAUUACGGUGUCACCUAAGUCUUGGGGACUUGGGGCUUUAUUUUAAAUUCUAAGCCACACAUCUAUCCAAAUGUUUGUGAUGCUCGAUGUCACGUUGUCCUCUAGACUGAGUUGAGGAAAGUAGAGCUGGUUGAUCUGAGGAAAAGAACCCGAAACUUGCAGUGUGUCCUCACCUGGAAGGGCUGUGGCUCGUCCUGGUUUAUUCAGGGAAAUGACUCUUUAAGCGUGUCAGAAUUUAGUGGCUGUGUUUGGAAACGCUUGCAGUCAUUGGCAGAAUUUGUGUUUGGCCUUUGAUUGUGGGAUUUUCGGUGUUGUUUUUUUUAAUUGGAUGGGAUCCUGUUUAGCAGCACAGCCUGCUGCAAGUGUGAUAUCAGGUCACAGCAACUGAAAUCCUUCUCCUUUAUUUGACUGUUGCUAAUUGCACUUGUGAUGCAGAUCAGGAUGAUUCCACUCACAAAACACAGUUGGUGUUUCCUGUAUCCUGUGUUUGUCCAAGCUGUGGAUGUAUGUGUAAAGUACAUGUACAUACAAGAGCUAUCCUGAUCCUAAAUAUAUAUCAGAAUAUAUUUAAAUUAUAAAUUUAACUAUAGUAUAUGAUAAUGUAUCUUGUUUCCUAGAAGGGACGAUAAGAGGAAUGUACUUCACUGAUAACAGUAGGUUUAAUUCUCUUAAAUGUUUGCAGUUGAUAAUGCAGAAAGUGUGUAACCACAUAGGACUGUCCCUCACUCCUUCUGCUUCCCAGAUAUAACUGGGUGAACACCAAGCUGGUUCUUCCCUCAGCGCCAGAGCGGCCACUCGCCUGGGCUUUAGCUGCAGAAUUAAUGCUCAGUCCCAGGGCUGGAUGUGGCAGCCAGUACAGCUUCCCACCCAAACCACCCUGUCACCGGACCGGCACGUGCUUCCGUUAAACCCGGCGGGUGGUGCCUGGCGCAGGGACCCGGCACCGGCGGCUGCUCUGAGGAGUUGUUCUUGCUUGGGGGAUGAUUUCUGUUGGAUCUCUGGGUGUGUUUGGGUGAUGCACGGCUCAGAUUUUCACGCUGGCCAAAUCAAAGGCCGCAGCUGAAAGCUUUUGUGUUGCAGAAUGAAUUGAAAAAAUAUAUAUGCAAAUAAUACGCUUUUAUUCUACAGAUUCUGCUGCCGGCAGUUAAAUUGAAACACUGUCCUUCCUUCAUCUCCUGCUGCUCAGCUGAGCCGCUCCAGCAGUGUGGUGAUGCCAUUUCCUUCCACUGGGACACCUGGUUUGUCCAGCAAUAACCGUGCAGUUCGUGUCGUCUGUCGCUGUUACCCCAAUAUUAGCUGGUUCUUGUAAAGGUGUUAAUUUGUAAUGUGGGGCUGUGUGUGGCAGCACGGAUCAUCGCUGCCCGGUUCCUGCCUCCAGCUGGAAGGGUGCACAGUCACAGGGAAAUACUUACAGGUAGAACGCAAUCUGGGUAACGUGGAAAUGGACAUUAGGGGUUGACUGAAUGGUGUGUUCUUUGAGUCAGUUCCUGUAUCUGGUGCUUAUCAUUUCAAAAUAUGUCAAGUAUAAAGGCCAGGAGGGGCCUUGGGCCUCGUUUGAGCAGCGUGUUGUCCCUGCAAUUACCUGUCACCGUACAGGGAACUGUUACCUCGAUUCACGUGUGCUGGAACGUGCUGGUGAAGGUGUCUAUCACUUCAAAACUCUGUAUCAGCUUCCAAACGGUUCUUAAGCCUCUACUUGAAUUCACAUUAAACUUAGAAACCUGCUUUC